AUGGAUCUCCGUGGGAGCGCCGAACUCGAGGCCGAGUUCAACCCUCCACUCUACCUUGCCCCUCAUGCUUCGUCGGUUUUCUCUGCUGUGUUGCCGCUUUUCGGUGUUUCGGUUCUAGCUUUCUGCUUUGGUCGCCGUACCUAUAACAUGCCAAAGUUGGCUGAAGUUCCUCUUGCUCGUUGGUUGGUUCUCGGUGUCUAUCUUGACUCAUGGCUCUUCGCUUUCUCCUCUACUGUUCUCAACGUCGCAUUCGGUCUUCGAAGCUCUAUUACGGCCUGUAAUGCUGGUAUUCUUCUCUGCUUGAUCUGUUACUUGACUACCAAGAUUAUUAUCUACUUCUUCCUUGUAGAGAAAGUCUACAUCAUCAGGUCAAAGCACAAGGGCCCACGCAGAAAGGACAAGCUGUACCUAUUCAACACCCUUGGCAUGCUCCUCCCGUACUUUAUCGUCAUUAUCUUGACUUUCAUCUUCCGUAUCUCGGAACUUCAUGAAGACGGAGAAUGCUACAUUGGGUUGCGACUGGUCGCCAACAUUCCUCUUCUGGUUUUUGAUGUUGUUAUCAAUGUCUAUCUAACUUCGCUUUUCCUGGUUCCUCUCUUUGGUGUCUGCUCCUUCGACCAAGCCUCUCAGAAGGUUCGAAACAUGGCAAAGCGUACUUUCUGGGGUUCAAUUGCAACAUUGAUCUCUACUGUUGCAAAUUUGGCAACUCUUGUUGUACUUCGUGGCCAUGAACCCGGAUGGAUUUGCUUCGCCUGUUGCAAUGCUGAUGUUGUUUUCUCCGCCAUCGUCCUCCAUUGGGUUACAACCACCGAUUACGAUGCUGGUCCGGAACACUCGGAGGGUGGUGUCUGCUUCAGCUGUGUCGAACUCCAGAACGAACUCAACAACGAAUUAAAAAAACAAGGAAUCAAUCCUCGAAACCGCUGCAAGAGCUACCAAGGGCCUGGCCGCCAAGGCGGCGAAGUUAUCACCGAGAUUACAUCGAAGCCACAUAAUGAUAGUUAUAUCGUUGAAGGCAUUACCGUCAGUGUUGCACAUCAUACCGAGGUUGAAGAUGGAUAUUCGACGUCGAGAGAUUCGAGAGAGAAUAGUGAAGCAUGUUGUUCUUCGUCUGAUGCUGGGUCAGUUCACGCUAUAAGACCGAAUAAGGAACAGGUUUAG